AUGUCUGUAGUAGAGCCCGGAACUGUGGAUGUUGUGUUAUCAGGGCAAUGUGUUGGGAAGAGGAUUCAUGAGAUGCUGCUAAAUGGUAUCGAAUCAUGGGCAACAAAGCUGUUUGUCAAAAGGGCUGUUGUCGAGUUUUGGUCUCCAAUCAUAGUAACAGAGCUGGAUAUUAGGCACCUAAGAUCCAUUGUCAUCGGAGAUACACUAGCUCGUUUGCUGGAAUUCUGCAAUGUGGAAGUUCUAAGGAGGAGCAAUGUAGAGAGGGUCAAGAAAGUUGUGGCUAAACUUCGACGAGGGGAUGAAAAAUACAGGAAAGUUUGGGCACAUAUUUGCAAAACUAAUCGGAAGGGAUAUGAAAAAAUUUACAAGCGACUUGGUAUCCUCUUGGAGGAGGAUGGAGAAAGCUUUCGAUUCGAUAACCCGUGCUUAAGCAAGAAAAAGCAGAAUGGAUUAUACACGUUGUUGAUUUUGCUUAGAAGGAUCAUUUCGAAAAUCGAAAAUGUCUUCUCUGUUGCGAGAAGUGUUGGUUGGCUCCCUCCUUCAAGUGAAGAUAAGUACCCUAAAGUCAACAUUGCUACGUUUGGUGACGGAAGCAAAUUCAGAAAGAGAAGCAAUGAAGUUGGCAAAGUAAUUGAUUUAAUAGAAGGAGCAAAAACCCGAUGCAAGGGUGCAAUGGGUUGGAAUUUAGAUGAACUCGAACUCGAACAAACUGCGGAAGCUGUUGGAUACGGAGCUGUCAAAUAUGAUAAUCUGAUGCACAACAGGUCGAAAAGAGUACACAUUGAACAAUGA